GCCGCGGUCGCGGGGCCAUGGACUCCGGGCCCACCCCAGCCCCCGACCAGCGCACCCCGUCUGCAGCCUGACGCGCUGCCCAGGUGGUCACCAUGGGCCAGUGCUACUACAACGAGACUGUGGGCUUUUUCUACAAUAAUAGCGGCAAAGAGCUGAGCUCCCACUGGCGGCCCAAGGACGUGGUGGUGGUGGCGCUGGGGCUGACCGUGAGCGUGCUGGUGCUGCUGACCAACUUGCUGGUCAUCGCGGCCAUCGCCUCCAACCGCCGCUUCCACCAGCCCAUUUACUACCUGCUGGGGAACCUGGCCGCCGCCGACCUCUUCUCCGGCGUGGCCUACCUCUUCCUCAUGUUCCACACGGGGCCGCGCACAGCCCGGCUGUCACUGGAGGGCUGGUUCAUGCGGCAGGGCCUCCUGGACACGAGCCUCACCGCCUCGGUGGCCACGCUGCUGGCCAUCGCCGUGGAGCGUCACCGCAGCGUGAUGGCCGUGCAGCUGCACAGCCGCAUGCCGCGGGGCCGGGUGAUCAUGCUCAUCGUGGGCGUGUGGCUGGCCGCGCUGGGGCUGGGGCUGCUGCCCGCCCACUCGUGGCACUGCCUCUGCGCCCUGGACCGCUGCUCUCGCAUGGCCCCCCUGCUCAGCCGCUCCUACCUGGCCGUCUGGGCCCUGUCCAGCCUGCUGGUCUUCCUGCUCAUGGUGGCCGUCUACACCCACAUCUUCUUCUACGUCCGGCGGAGGGUGCAGCGCAUGUCGGAGCAUGUCAGCUGUCACCCCCACUACCGAGAGACCACGCUAAGCCUGGUCAAGACGGUGGUCAUCAUCCUAGGGGCCUUCGUGAUCUGCUGGACCCCAGGUCAGGUGGUGCUGCUUCUAGAUGGUCUGGACUGCAAGUCGUGCAACGUGCUGGCCGUGGAGAAGUUCUUCCUGCUCUUGGCCGAGGCCAACUCGCUGGUCAACGCUGCCGUGUACUCGUGCCGCGACGCUGAGAUGCGCCGCACCUUCCGCCACCUCCUCUGCUGUGUGUGCCUCCGCCGGGCCAGCCGGGAGUCCGCCGGCAGCUGUGCCUCGUCCCCUAGGACAGGUGCCAGCACGCGCAUCAUGCUGCCCGAGAACGGCCACUCCCUGAUGGACUCGACCCUCUAGCCGCCUUGAACUUGAGUGGGAUGCAGCACAUGUUGGACCACCAGCCCCUGACCACUCUUGGAUACGACUGGCUCAGCCGUGUCAGAGGGGGCUCGCCUGCAGGCAAGGCUCGGCAGGUGCACAGCUCUACCUGCGUGAGGGCUGGGGUUGGGGGUCAUCUCCAAAUUCCCAGAAGACUGUUGGACGGAGUGUGGGAAUCUCACUCUCCAGUCAUCUCAGGUUUGGGUUUUUUAACGGACAUUUUUGUAUUUUUACUGCACACCCCUGGUGAGCCCUGUGGAUUGGUUUCUCCUCUCUGGCGGGUGGGAGAUGAGAGCUGAGGCCAUGCGACACAGUGUGGCAGGUUGACGAGGACAGACCACGGACGUACUGUCUUCCUGAUUCUUCCAGAAUGUUCAAGGUCACGUGUGCUGAUUCUUCAGCGACACUGGACUAAGGGCUGAGGGUGAGCGGGGAAAGGUUCCCUCGCAGCCUCUGGGGGCUGGCCUAUUGCUCGUUAGAAUUGAGGGGCCAGUAGAGAGAGAGAGCACGCU